UGAAGGUGGAGGACUGCGCGUUGGGACCCGCCGGGAAGGUCCGGCGCAACGGCAGGCUCACGAGUGGGCAGCGUCGGAGGAGUCGCGCGCGGGGGUGUUCCCUCACCAGACACGCUCCUACUUGGACCCCAGCUAUGAGCAGAGCAAGUGGAGACCUCCGCAGCCACGUGGGUCUGAGGCUUUCCCCAGGAGUUUCCAGCUCCAGCAGAUAGACUUCCUCAAAGGGCGGCUCCCAGAAGCGCCCCUGAUUGCACACCAGUCCCAGUCACUGCCGCCGUUCCUCCCAGGACACUGGCCAAGGUUCCCGGGGCCACCUUCCCAAGGCAAGCCACUGGAAACCUGGGGUUUCCCCACGAGUGUGACUCUCAGAAGUCAGGGCUUCCACAUAGGACUCCCACCUCCUCCCCGACAGAGCAGGAGUCUGCCAUGGAGAGGCUCUGACAGGCUUUGCUCACACUUCCAGGAUCUGAGCAUUAGUCCGAGUCCAGAGCAGAAAAUCCUAGGUCGCCUGGAGGAGCUUGGUGAGGGGAAGGCCACCAGCGCCCACAUCCUAGCCAGAGAGCUCAGGGUCCCAAAGAAGGAGGUCAAUCGUAUAUUGUACUCCCUGCAAAGGAAGGGGAAGCUGCAUAGAGGAGUAGGGACUCCUCCUUUGUGGAGCCUUGCACCCUCACAUCAGGCUCAGCCCCCUAGAGCUGUGAAUCCAGACAGUUGUGGCCAGGAAGUCCCUCAGGAAGAGCCUGGUCUGGACAGUAAAGACGGAGACCCUGCCUCUGACGGAGAAGGCCCUCCUGAGCCUCUCGACAUGGCGGAGAUCAAGGAGAAAAUCUGUGACUACCUGUUCAAUGUGUCCAACUCCUCUGCCCUGAACCUGGCUAAGAACAUUGGCCUCACCAAGGCCCGAGAUGUGAAUGCAGUGCUAAUGGACUUGGAAAGGCAAGGCGAUGUCUACCGACAAGGGGCCACGCCUCCCAUCUGGUACUUGACAGACAAGAAGCGUGAGCGGCUGCAGAUCAAGAGAAGUCCACACAGUGCUCCAGCAGCUGUCCCAGAGGCCACCAGAAGCACCUCAUUCCCCACCUGCCACUCACCCCCUUCAGGUGCCUCAAGCAGCAUGGCAACCCCCAAAAAAGUAGAGAACGGGCAGGAGCCUGUGAUGAGGUAUGAAAGCAGGUAUGAGGCCAGGCCAGGACCCAUGAGACUGCGACCACACGCUUAUCACAAUGGCCCCUCUAGAGCAGGCUAUGUUGACUCUGAAAAUGGCCAGUGGGCCACAGAUGACAUCCCAGAUAACUUGAAUAGUAUCCGCACGGCACCGGGUGAGUUCCGAGCCAUCAUGGAGAUGCCCUCCUUCUACAGCCCUGUCUUGCCACGGUGUUCACCCUACAAGAAGCUGACCGAGUGCCAGCUGAAGAACCCUGUCAGCGGGCUGUUAGAGUAUGCUCAGUUCACUAGUCAGACCUGUGAUUUCAACCUCAUAGAGCAGAGUGGACCGUCCCAUGAGCCUCGCUUUAAAUUCCAGGUUGUCAUCAACGGGCGGGAGUUUCCCCCAGCUGAAGCCGGUAGCAAGAAGGUGGCCAAGCAGGACGCAGCGAUGAAAGCCAUGGCCAUUCUGCUUCGGGAGGCCAAAGCUCAAGACGGUGGGACACCAGAAGGACUGUCCCACUGUCCCAUGGAAGAAGACUCGGAGAAGGCAGCAGAGUCCCAGCCCCCCAGCUCCUCAACAACAUCCUUUUUCAAUGGGAAGAGCCCAGUUACCACGCUGCUUGAGUGUAUGCACAAACUGGGGAACGCCUGUGAAUUUCGCCUCCUGUCCAAAGAAGGCCCUGCCCAUGACCCCAAGUUCCAGUACUGUGUAGCCGUGGGAGCCCAGACUUUCCCCACUGUGAGUGCCCCCAGCAAGAAAGUAGCAAAGCAGAUGGCCGCAGAGGAAGCCAUGAAGGCUCUACAGGAGGAGGCAGCCAAUUCAGCUGAUGACCAGUCUGGAGGUGCGAACUCGGAAUCUCUUGAUGAGUCUGUGGCACCCAACAAGAUCAGGAGGAUUGGUGAGCUCGUCAGGUACCUGAACACCAACCCCGUGGGCGGCCUGUUAGAGUAUGCUCGCUCCCAUGGCUUCGCUGCUGAGUUCAAGUUGAUCGACCAGUCCGGACCACCUCACGAACCCAAGUUUGUUUACCAAGCGAAAGUUGGGGGCCGCUGGUUUCCAGCCGUGUGUGCACACAGCAAGAAACAAGGCAAGCAAGACGCAGCCGACGCAGCCCUCCGGGUCUUGAUCGGGGAAAGCGAGAAGGCAGAGCAGUUGGGUUUCGCAGAGGUAACCCCAGUGACAGGGGCCAGUCUCAGAAGAACUAUGCUCCUCCUUUCCAGGUCCCCAGAUGCACAUCCAAAGACACUUCCUCUCACUGGGAGCACCGUCCACGACCAGAUAGCUAUGCUGAGUCACCGCUGCUUCAACGCCCUCACCAACAGCUUCCAGCCCUCCCUGCUGGGCCGCAAGAUCCUGGCCGCCAUCGUCAUGAAGAGAGACCCUGAGGACAUGGGUGUUGUCGUCAGCUUGGGGACAGGGAAUCGCUGUGUGAAAGGGGACUCUCUCAGCCUGAAGGGAGAAACAGUCAAUGACUGCCACGCAGAAAUCAUCUCCCGGAGGGGCUUCAUCAGGUUUCUCUACAGUGAGCUAAUGAAGUAUAACCCGCAUACUGCCAAGAACAGCAUAUUUGAGCUUGCCAGGGGAGGAGAGAAGCUCCAGAUAAAAAAGACAGUUUCUUUUCAUCUCUACAUCAGCACGGCACCGUGUGGAGAUGGGGCCCUCUUUGACAAGUCCUGCAGUGACCGGGCUGUGGAAAGCACAGAAUCCCGCCAUUACCCUGUCUUUGAAAAUCCCAAGCAAGGCAAGCUUCGGACCAAAGUGGAGAAUGGGGAAGGCACAAUUCCUGUGGAGUCCAGUGACAUUGUACCCACGUGGGAUGGCAUCCGGCUUGGGGAAAGACUCCGUACCAUGUCCUGUAGUGACAAAAUUCUACGCUGGAACGUGCUGGGCCUGCAAGGGGCACUGUUGACUCACUUCCUACAGCCUGUGUACCUGAAAUCUGUAACACUAGGUUACCUUUUCAGCCAAGGGCAUCUGACCCGUGCUAUUUGCUGCCGCGUGACCAGAGAUGGGAAGGCAUUUGAGGACGGACUGCGCUACCCCUUUAUUGUCAACCACCCCAAGGUUGGCCGAGUCAGUGUGUAUGAUUCCAAAAGGCAAUCCGGAAAGACCAAGGAGACAAGCGUCAACUGGUGUUUGGCCGAUGGCUACGACCUAGAGAUCCUGGAUGGCACCAGAGGCACUGUGGAUGGACCAGGAAAGGAGUUGUCUCGGGUGUCCAAGAAGAACAUUUUCCUUCAGUUUAAGAAGCUCUGCUCCUUCCGUGCCCGCAGAGAUCUACUGCAGCUCUCCUACGGUGAGGCCAAGAAAGCUGCCCGUGACUACGAGUUAGCCAAGAACUACUUCAAGAAGAGCCUGCGGGACAUGGGCUACGGGAAUUGGAUCAGCAAACCCCAGGAGGAAAAGAACUUUUAUCUCUGUCCAGUACCCAAUGACUGACACUGGGGCGUGCUUCUCAUGGGGUCAGAGGGAGUUCAUGACAUUCCUCAUCACAUUGGGCCAGAGUUUGGGGGCUUUUUUUUUAAACCCCUCCCCAACCCCCUCUUUUUAAUGGAGGAACCAUAAUAGAUGGUACCAAGA